CAGAGCCGCUUCCGCUGGAAGAAGGUUUUCUUUCCGGGCUGGCCAGGCGGCGGCCCGCCCCCCACCCCCCUCCGCCCCUUUGAGGUUCCCUGUGGAGUGAGGCGGCUCAACCGGCUCCCGUCGCCGCGCUGCUGCAAGCUGGGACGGGAGGGGCCUGGGUGUGGCCCCUAACUCCCGCGAAGUGGAGCUCCUGACCACGCCCCCGCAAAGUCUGUUACGUACUUUCACCCCCUGACCUCUGAGGAGGGAGAAUUCUGGAGCUUGAGGAAAUCAUUUUCCAUUCCCAGCUAUAAAGGAAAAAGAUGGUUACCCACCACCGCGGCAACACCCCUAAGUCUUAUUUUCGCACUUCCUGUCUUCAGAUUCUGAAUUUUCUCCCUUUUCUUUGUUUCUCCUCUGGUGGGGGUUUGUAAGCAUUGACUGCAGCUCUGGAUGAAGUUCCUUCUGUAGGUUUUGAGUCAACAGCUGUGAGUCAUCUUGGUAAUAUCGGUUUGGAUGCCUAAAGCUGCGGGAAAAAGGAUCAGGAGAACUUUCAGGAAGAAACUAUCCAACAAUUCAGAUAUGGCAGAAAUGAAGUCAAUGUUCCGGGAAGUUCUUCCAAAACAAGGGCAGUUGUCUGUAGAAGAUAUAACCACAAUGGUGCUGUGUAAACCCAAACUUUUACCCCUAAAAUCUCUGACUCUGGAAAAACUGGAGAAAAUGCAGCAAGCAGCACAGGAUACAAUUCGCCAACAGGAAAUGGCAGAAAAGGAACCACCGCAAAUAAGUCACUGAAUGAUAACUUAGCACUUCUGCAGAACACCCUACACCUUCCUUAUUAUUAACAAUAGCUAGAAAAUAACCUGCAUCUGUAUGCUGAAAGCAGUAUGUAUUAAUAAAACAGAU